CCAUUCAUAAUCUUUACAUCUAAGCUGCAAAAAAGGUCAGCAUGCUUGCAAAGCUUCUCUCUUCUCCUGCUCCAAGACAACUGAAUCAAAUCCGUGCAAUCGUCAUAAAAAACCCUAAGCCCCAUAAACUAAAUCCCCUACUAAGAUCAUUGGUUGUGUCCAAUACCCCAGAGAUUGCCCUUCUCCUCUACAACCAAAUGCUCUAUGAUUCAACCUCACACGACCAUUUCACAUACACCUWCGCCAUUAAAGCCUGCUCUCAAUUGUAUUCUAUUCAAAAGGGUCACGAAAUCCAUGCGUGUGUUAUUACAUCCGGCCACCACUCCGACGUUUUCAUUCAAAACUCUUUGAUUAGCUUCUAUGCAGAUUGCGGUGACAUUGCCAGCGCUCGCCGGAUAUUCAACUCCAUCGUUAACCCGGAGGUUGUGUCCUGGACUUCAAUCAUAUCAGGGCUUUCCAAGAAUGGGUGUGAAGUGGAAGCUCUUAAAGUCUUUGUGUCCAUGGAUGUUAGACCUAAUUCAAUGACACUUGUUAGUCUUCUAUCAGCUUGUUCUCAAUUGAGAGCUCUUCACUUGGGAAAGGCUGUUCAUGGGUUAAGUUUGAGGAAUUUGACUGAUUGCAACGUCUUUGUUGACAAUGCUUURUUGGACAUGUAUGUGAAAUGUGGGUCUUUGGACAGAGCACGCAACCUGUUUGGAAGAAUGAGUAAGAGAGAUGUGGUCUCUUGGACUACUGUUAUAGGUGGUUAUGCACAAAGAGGCCGUUGUSAGGAGGCAAUUAAAGCUUUUCAGGCCAUGAUACAAGGAGGUGAAGCUCAACCCAAUGAAGCUACUAUAGUGAAUGUAUUGUCUGCAUGUUCUUCACUUGGGGCCUUGAGUUCAGGCCAAUGGGUGCUUUCUUACAUUAAUGGAAGACACGGCCUUMCAGUUGAUGGUCAUGUGGGGAAUGCUCUGGUUAACAUGUAUGCAAAAUGUGGAGACAUGGGCAUGGCCCUUCAGGUGUUCAAUGGUCUAUCAUGCAAGGAUUUGGUGUCUUGGAGCACUAUGAUAGCGGGCAUGGCCAUGAAUGGGUCUGCCAAGCAAGCUCUGCAGUUGUUCUCCCUCAUGCUAUGUCAUGGUAUUGUUCCUGAUGGUGUAACCUUCAUCGGUUUGCUUUCUGCUUGUAGCCACUCCGGCCUGGUUGAUCAAGGAUUGGCCUUCUUUAAGGCCAUGAAUGAUGUCUAUGGGAUCACCCCUGAGAUUGAGCACUAUGCUUGCAUGGUUGAUAUGUAUGGACGUGCUGGACUGUUGGAUGAAGCAGAAGCUUUGAUUAGAGGCAUGCCCGUGGAGCCUGAUGGCCCAAUAUGGGGRGCAUUGCUCAAUGCCUGCAAGAUUCAUGGAGAUGACAAGAGACAUGAGCGUCUAUGGCAGUGUCUUCUUAAUACCAGGGGUGUAAGUGGAGGUACUUAUGCACUCCUAUCAAAUGCAUAUGCUACUUCAAACAGAUGGACUGAUGGCCACAAUGUGCGAAGUAUUAUGAGAUUCAUGGGGUUAAGAAAGACACCUGCAUAUAGUCGAAUAGAAGUCGAUUCACUCAUUCAUAGAUGACCAUAUACCUGAAAAUUAGUUAAUUGGACACCAUUCAUCUUAAUUUUCUUCUUGGUAUUAUAACAUGAUCAAAUUUCAAAUACAAUGAAAGGGCAAGGGUCCAAUGGUUUUUUUUUUU